AUGGUCUGUUCAAGAUUUUUUAAAUACCUCGCUGUGGUUGCUCUGCUUCUCUGCAGGAGGCUGGUCAGCGUCGCUCAAUCCAGGAAGUUUCGGGAGCAGCAGGGUAAAAUCCUCCUGGAGGGCAGGCGUUUGAUCUGCGACGCCCUAGAGGCCGGUGCCCGCCCUCAGAUGGUGUUCUUCAGCAUGGCGGAUCGGCUCAGAGAGCUGCCGCUGGACAAGCUGAGGGGGGCRAYGGUCGUCAAGGUCAAGUUUGAGGACAUCAAGAUCUGGUCCGACGUCGUUGCCCCACAGGGAGUGAUCGCCAUAUUUGCCCGGCCUGAUCCUGCUCGGCUCAGUUUUUCACAGAGAGAUCAGUCGCUGCCGUUGUCGCUGAUAUGCGACAAUGUCCGUGAUCCUGGUAACCUUGGGACCAUGCUGAGAUGUGCAGCUGCUGCUGGCUGUCAUGAAGUCCUUCUUACCAAAGGUUGCGUUGACGUUUGGGAACCCAAAGUCCUGCGUGCAGGAAUGGGCGCCCACUUCCGACUCCCCGUUUAUCCCAAUCUGGACUGGGACGAGAUCAGAAACCAUCUCCCUAACUCAGUGACUGCGCACGUGGCUGACAUAAGAGACGCUGACGACGAAGACAGGACUAACAAACUGUCUAAACCGGGAGAUUACGGUUGGGUCAGCACGUCACCUAAAAGGAAAACUAUUGAGUUCGAGGAAUACGAUUCGGACUCCGACUCUGAUUCCGACUCGGAGGACGAGGGUCUUUCCCUCCCCACAGUGGAAACCAAACUCUACCACGAGAACUGGGCCCAGAGUUCCACCGCUCUGGUGAUCGGCGGAGAGACACGUGGCCUGAGCACAGAGGCGGUGCGGCUAGCUGAGAAAACCGACGGUUCCAGACUCUUUAUUCCCAUCGUCUYGGGCGUGGACAGUCUGAAUUCAGCCAUGGCCGCCAGCAUCCUUCUGUUUGAGGGCAGRAGGCAGCUAUCCAUGCUUCUACAGACCGCUGGGAAGAAGAGGCAGUCUAAGGCUGAGAGGAAGUUCUGAUGAAUAAGCUGAAUAGAGUGUAAACUGUAUAAUUAUGAGUCCUGUAAUAAACCCAUAAAUUUAAACUGAA